CCUUCCUGCACCUUAAGACAGAACACAAACCGUUUGCAUGCCGACACUCGUGACUGCAAAUAGCAACACCAGACAAGACAGAAGCUAUUGUAAAAUGUAAAGAUAAAACAUUUUUAAGAAGUCAUGAGUUCAGCUCAGCAGCUGCUUCGAUCUCAGAGAGACAUACUGCUGAACUGGACUUCUGACCAUCCAGCACCAUUGUUGCGUUGGCUCCAUGAUGAACAGGUGCUUUCCUCUGCCUCCUACCUGUCUCUACUGGAGAAGACACCUUCCAACGCUGUGGUCCAGGCUCUGGAGACAGUGUGCACCACUGAGGAGAGCAGUAAAAAGUUCCUGGAGGUGCUGAGGGAUGUGCAGGAUUAUUACUGCAGAGAUCUGCAAGUCUGGGUUGAGAGACACUGCAGGAAUGAUGCCAUCAGUAAGCCAGUACCUGCACCUGUUAUAGUUAAAGAGAAGAAGACUAAAAGCCCCAUUGCUAACUUUUUCAAAGGGAAGAGCAAAGGAUUCUCCUUAAUUCCUGAGGUUAUAGCUGAAGAAGAACUAAAACCUGGCAGGAGUCUAAGGCUGGCUAACAUCCGAGUUCCCAUUUCUGCCCAUAAAACAACCCUGCUGAAACGCACAGAGCAGUUAAGAUGUUACUCAGAAGGCAAUAAAGUGGCUUCAAACUUAGCUUCUCACAUCGAGAUCCGCUACACUGACCUAUUCGUGACAGAAGAUAAUGACGUAGUCGACAGCUGCCAACAUGAGUACUUUGACUUGGCCAGAAGACGAGCUCGCAUCUAUGUCCACCAGGCCUGCCUUCGCAUCCGGCCUUGUCAUCUGUUCAGUCCCCAAGGGCCAUCGAAUCGGCCUCCCAAAAGGGUUAAAGUCAAGGGUAUUGCUGGCAUCGGAAAAAGCAUAGCAGUACAGAGACUGGUCUAUGAGUGGGCAAUUGGGAAGAAUAUGCGUGAAUUCACUUGCAUUUUUGACCUGCGUUUCCGAGAGCUCAAUCUAAUUGAAGCCCCACUGAGUUUAUUGGAACUGCUUGGAGAACGGUUCCGGUACCUGAAGGAAGCUCUGCCUGAUCUUUUCACCUCACCAAGCUCUUUGCUCUUCAUUUUAGAUGGUUUAGAUGAGUUUAAGUUCCCCUUGGACUGGAACAGUCCAGACAAAAAAAUUGAUGUGAACUCAAAGGUGUCAGUGUCAGAGCUAAUGGUGGCUUUGAUCAAAGGAAGUCUUCUCCCAGAGGCAUCCGUCAUUGUCACGACAAGGCCGAGUACUGAAGCGCCCAAGCGUUUCUUCCAGAGAUGUUGUGUGGUACUGGGCUUCGAGGAGGACCAGGUGAAGGAAUACACCACCAAGUUCUACAAAGAUAGCAGAGUUGCUGAAAAAGUUUAUGAUUACAUCUUGAACAAUGACAACCUUUUCGUGCUGUCCUUCAUCCCUCUUUAUUGCUACAUCAUCUGUACUGCGAUAGCUGAGUUCUUUUCUUCGGAGACUCAAGAUGUCAGUGACUCAAAGUCUCUGGAGUUAAACCCACCCAGGACAGUCAGUGAGGUUUAUUUCUGCUACUUGUUAACAGCAGUCAAGCACCAUGCACUGAAAGCUAGUGCAGACAGAAGCACACCUAGAUCUGAGGUUCUCUCGCUAGCGAAGCAACAACUGACACACCUUGGAAAACUAGCUUAUGAAAGUCUUCUUCAGAGGAAGAUAAUGUUUGACACAGCAGAUCUGAAGAGCUAUGGUGUUACACCUGCUGAUGUUCAGAGCACCUUUCUCUGUCACAUCCUCCAGUCUCUUGAAGAGGAGACAGUGGAGAUGUAUUCGUUCUUCCACUUGACAGUUCAAGAACAUCUGGCUGCUCUUUACUGUGCUGUCAACCUCUCCAGCCAGGAUGAAGUAAUCCAAGCUCUUGAUUUCUGGUGCUUUGGGCGACAUCCAGAGUCCUCUACCGCUGCAUGUCUGCAAAACAUAGAUCUUAACAUGGACAAAUUGGAGAGCCUCCAGAUGUUCACGCGUUUCUUCAUGGGAAUGCUUCGAGCCCGGCUGGCAGGUCAGUUGGAUGGCCUUGUUCAUUCCCCAUUGCAGCAAGAGGAUGGCCUCCCUGCUAGGCUGGGUUUGUGGUUCCAAGACCAGUUUAAAAGCAAGAAGCUGCAAAACCUGGCAGCCUUGAAUCUUCUCCACUGUCUGUUGGAGUUCCACAUGAAGGAAACUACCAGCAUAGCAGCACCAGAGAUCAAGACACUUUACCUGUUUAAAAUGAAGCUCAGUGUUGCUGACUGUGCAGCGAUGCAUUACGUGCUGCAGUUUUCUCCACACAACCUGCAGGAGUUCAACGUGGGCUACUCCAACAUUGGAAACAGAGGACUCAGCAGACUGAGACCCAUCUUACAUCGCUGUGAAACUCUCUAUUUGAGAUACAACUGUCUGGACAAGCAGGCAGCUUUUUUGGAAUCUGCAGUUCUGAAAUCAAACGAGUGCCAAGUGAAGAAGCUCUUUAUGUGUGGCAAUAACCUGGGUCCGGAGGGGGUUUUGGAGCUGUGGAACGCUCUGGAGCACAACACCACUGUGGAAGAGCUCUAUCUGGACAUCACUGGCAUCACAGAGAGAGGAACAGAAAACAUUGUCAACUGCCUCAGCAAAAACACCUCUCUGAGGACACUGACCAUCGUUGGGAAUGACAUUGGCGAGGUGGGGAGGAGGAGGCUGAAGGAGCUGCAACAACGUAGGCCAGGACUCAGGAUCAUUGCAAAUUUUGUGGACGACCUUGGGUUACUUCAGGCCUACCUGGACUGGGUGGAGGAGGUCCGGGCUGACAGAGACCAGAUGGACUCAGUGAAGAAUGCGGACGCCCUGCGGUCUGUGCUGAAGGGACUCCAGGUGGCGGGAAGAAAGGUGGAGAGGAAAGAGAACGCAGAGAAAGCAGAGGAGCUGCAGGCAAAGAUCGAGGAGCUGCUGAGUUCCUCGACAGAUCUGAUGGGGGGAAGAUGACCAGCAUUCUGACAUAUCUGUGAUAGCAGGAUUUAUAUUGAACAUAAUGAUGUGGUGUGGGUCCUUGAGAUUGAGGGGUGGUGAUAACAGCUCAAAAAACACACCUAACAUUGUUUAAUCUCCCUGAUAGUUACUGUUAGUGUUACACAGAUAGCACGUUUCAGAAAACUGCAUUAAUCAAAUCAUUAUUUGGGGUGUCAGAGAACCUGGAUGUAAACUAUUGUUAACUUCAAAGGAUUAUUCUUAUUGUUGUAACAGCUUUGUUUGUUUUUUGUUUUCUAUUUUACAAAUUAGGGCUAAGAUAAACUCACAAAAGACAAAGAAAAAUAUAUAAUUUAAUAAUUGUCAUAGUUUUUUUUAAAUGAAAAACUGAAUUAAAGCUAAUUUUACUAACACAAUUUAUGACUUAAAAUGAAAUAUGUUUUCUCACUCACAAAAUGUUAUAAUGGUCCUGAAUUUUAUUUUUAUUUCAAUGUCAGAAGUCCGAAAUCUUCUUUUUACCUUUUCUAAUGAGACUUUGCUCGAUUAAGCAAAUUGCUAUUUUGACAAAUUGCAAAGAUACUUAGAUGCAUGUCUGUCUGUUCUUUGACUUCUAAAAAAAAUCUACGUUUUUUUUCCUCUGUUAAUGAACAGUAUGAGCAGCAGAUGACUACAAGUUUUAUUGAGCUCUUAUUAAGGACAAACUCAUAUUUAGAAUUGUGCUGCAAAGAUAACUUGUUUUUCUUUUAUUUUGUGUUUAUCUCAUAUUAAACUAUGUGAAACAUUUCAGUAAAAUGGAGUAUUAAAUAAAGGCAACAUGAG